UCCUGCCUCCACUUUCUCUUCCUCUAGCCAGCCCGGGAGAGUGUGAGCGAGCAAACGAGAAAUUGGUAACAAUGGACCUAAGUGACAAAAAAUUUCAGAUCCUUGAGAGUGUUUUCAUGGAGUGCCCCAACCCCGAUGAGGCCCAGCGCGCUCAUCUCGGUCGCGAGUUUCGCGUGGAGCCCCAGCAUAUCAAAUUCUGGUUCAAGAACCAUCGUGCCCAGAUGAGGAGGGCUAGGCACGAGCAGGUGGACAACCACUUAUCCGACUCGGAGAACGACGAGAUCGACUCAGAGAGUGAUGAGAUCCACUAAGACCACUUCGCGAUGUGGGUUUGUGGAUCAAGGGCUGAUCUAUUGAAGUAAA